GAAGGAGCGCCAGAUCAUGGCGCGAUUAUAUUCACGGUGGUUUGUUUGCAGGUGCGCGGAUUCGAUAAACACGCGAUGGCGAGAAAGUGACGCUUUACAAGUUGCCGAGAGUUCACGACGACGAGAUGGAGGCUUUCCUCGGGGCACGUGUCAGCAUCGAAGGCGCGUAGAAUCAGGAUCUGGAAAGGGGUAAACGAGGAUCGAGCACGUGGUGAUCCAAGAUGGGCAAGUGUUGCAGCAAGCGGCAAGAGCCUCAACCCCUCGGUUACAAGAAAGCAGAUACAGGACUGAGCUCGAAGCACAGUAAUGGAGGCUCGUUGGACCGGUACACAGCUGACCCGAAUCAGAGGGGUGUACAAACGAGGGCAGAUAUCAUACGACCGAGGCCGACACCUUGUAAGCUCCAAAUUCCUCACCAGCCCCGUAAAACAAGCUCACCUGUCGUUAAGCCUGCAUCGCACUCGCAGAGGUCGAACAAGAUCGUGGUGGCCCUGUACAAUUACACCGCGCGCGAGAGCACGGACGUGAGCUUCGUAAAGGGCGACCGGAUGGAAGUAUUGGACGACUCGGAGCCCGACUGGUGGAAAGUUCUACACUUGACAACUUUGCAAGAAGGCCUGAUCCCGUGGAACUUCGUGGCGGUCGAGCGUUCGGUCGAGAGCGAGGAUUGGUUUUUCGAGAACGUCUCGCGCAAGGAAGCCGGCAAGCUUCUGCUGGUGGACGAGAACCCACGGGGAACGUUCCUGGUGAGACCCAGCGAGCACAAUCCACGAGGAUACAGCUUAUCCGUGAAGGACUGGGAGGAGGGGAGAGGCCAUCAUGUAAAACACUACAAAAUUAAGCCGCUCGACAAUGGAGGAUUCUUUAUCGCCACUAACCAGACAUUCCCGACCCUGCCCGCCCUCGUUAUGGCGUACAGCAGUAUGCAGGGUCGCGAAGUGAUCGAGCAGAUCAAUAAAGGCUACCGAAUGCCUAAGCCGUUGAAUCACCCGCUGCCGGAUAGCAUUUACCGACUAAUGUUACAAUGCUGGGACGCCAGUCCCGAGAAGCGGCCCACGUUCGAGUUCCUUAAUCACUAUUUCGAGUCGUUCAACGUCACUAGCGAAAUACCGUAUCUAGAGCCGCCAACUGACUGAUACACAGCUCACAUGCAGAGUCACCUGGUACCGCAUGGUCAUUUUCAUCCGGCGCACAUCAAUUGUGCCAUGGAGUUUUAUGGUAUUUACUGUUAGAUCUCCAGCAAUCCAUCUGGAGGCUCUGUUUUUUUUUUGUAUGUCUCGAGAACUCGUGGAGUAAAUUAAUUCUA